UGUUUUUUUUUUUCCCAACAGUUUCAUAACAUUGCAAUUUAUAUUCACUAGCCAUGGGAAAAAGAAAAAGUUGUGAUCAUCCUGAAAUUCCUAAAAAAAAACUUUCACUACAAUUGUGUAUUGUGCAUGCCCCGAGUCUCACAGAGCAUGGCAAUUUUACCAGCUUCAGCGCUUGCAAGGGGGAGCAUAACGAGAGGCUAUCAUGUUUACACAGUAUUCGUGAUAUGAGACUCUGUGAAGCAGCCACUUCACCCUACCGUAUGAAGGAGGUCUGUGACCAGAUACCAUUGACAUUGCAAGGAUUGCAUUUAGAUACAACUGGCUAUCAUCAAAAUUGCUAUAAAAGAUUCACACAAAACCUGAAUCGUUUACAAGCUGCUUCAAAAGCAUCUACAUCUGGUGCAUCAUCAUCUGCAUCAUUGAUGAAGGACUCCUUACGCAAGCACAAAUCUCAAACAGAUCUGGUCCUUUCUGAAGGUACUCGAUGUUCCUUCUUGUUUCCUGAUCUGUGUAUUUUUUGUGAAAAGGGAGAAAUUAAAAGUAAGGGAAAAACUGAACGCCUUACAAUGUUUCAGAGUUGGAAACACAAGGAACCAGCCUGGAAGGUCAUUGAACCAAGAGCAUUGGAAUUAAAGAAAGAGGCUCUUUACCGUAAGGUGCAAGGCAGUGACCUCUUUGCGAUGGAAGCCAAGUACCAUCCAUCAUGCAGAAACACCUUUAACACAGAGUACCAAAACCACAUGCGUAUCAGGAAGAUUAGAAACCCUUUGCUGGCUCAGAAAAAAGAAGCAUAUCAGAAAUCUUAUCUGGUGGUAAAGGAUUACAUUCUAAGUAAUGUCAUAGAUGGCAAAGAGGUGGUCCAGCUUAGUUUCUUAUGCAGCCUCUUCAACAAACACAUGGUGAGUCAAAGUUUUCCUAAUCCAGACUACCGCAAUGCAAGAUUGAUGAGACGUUUACAAGUAGAUGAUGACAUCUCUCAUUCACUUGCCUUUUGUAAGGUACCACUCCGCGGUUGUGCUGAACUAUACCUUGUCUACAGCUCAAGCAUUAGUGUUGCUGAAGCAGUGUCAUGUGCUUACAAGCUUGGAACUGUAGACCAGCAUCACAAUGUAGCCCUCAAUCUCCAUGCUCUCAUUCUAAAGGCAUUCAAAGAGUCAAAGGAGCUGACAUGGCCCCCCACUGCACAGGAGCUGAACUCUGUGAAGAUGGAAGAGCUACUACCAGCUGAUCUUGUAAAAUUUCUAAACUUGGUGCUAACAGGGAGAGCUGACAUUGAUGGAGAAAAGUGUGAGAAGACCCAGAGGCUGGUCUACUCGAUCACACAAGAUGUGUGUCGUGCCGCAACUAACAGCACGUGGAAACUGCCAAAGCACAUACUUCUCUGUGCCACAGUUCGCCACCUCUAUCGAAGCAAACAGCUCACUACUAUUCUUGCACGACUAGGACACUCUGAGACAUACGACUUUGGUAUGGAGCUUGAGACAGCAAUGGCCAAAGCAUUUGAUGAGAUGUCCACCUACCUGACCCCUCAAAUCAUCUCUGGCAAGGGAAACUGUGUUUUUCACAGUGAGUGGGACAACCUGAACAGAAUUACAACCAAUGUGCUUGGAUCAAAUGUUGUAAACAGUGCUGGGGGGAUCAUGAUUCAAGAGGUAAAGGAGGGCCAUCAGAGCACCAAUGAAAGGAUCCUUCCUCUCUAUGAGAGAUCAUCAAAAAUGAGAAGCCUUAAGAUCACACCUCCAGAGACCCUGCCAGAGUUGGUAUUUAAGAGGGAUGGUCCCAAAUUCCCUAAAGAUGCCAGUUUUACCCACCCUGUUGAAAACCAGCAGUCAUACGAUGCAUCAAUGUUGGAGUACUACAUCUAUCUGCUCUGCAGACGUCUAAGCAGUGAGGGAAAGCAGCAGGUGCCUGGAUUUGGUGGCUUUAUUUCAAGCACUGGAAAGGUCCCUCCUAGAAAAUCUACUAUUGACUUCUACACCCCCAUCAAUCAGCCUAUAACAGACAAUGCAGUGGUGUAUGAACUGCUAAAGAGGUCUGAGGCAGCAACAGAGGAGGUUGGCCAACCAUACACCAUCAACACGUUUGACCUUGGCGUGGUCAUGAAGGCCUGCCCUAUAGUCUGGAAGUAUGAAGAGGAAUUCAAAAAGCAUAUCAUAAUCCUUGGCAAGUUCCACACAGCCAUGAAUUACAUAGGCAAACUAACUGGGUACAAGUGUCAAGGUUCAGGCUAUGCAGAAAUCCUCAUUGAGGCAAACCUUGCAACCAGUGGCUGCCUGAAAAAUAUUCUCAGUGGGAAAGCAUAUGCCAAGGCCCUCUUUGGCCUUAAAGUGGUCACAGAGGCUCUUGAACGGCUGCUGAUCAAUGUUUUCCUAGAAGAGGAGAAUCUGGCAAUACCUCAGGAGACCCUCACCAAUCUAGUCCACUGCUGCAGUCGUGAGAAUCUUGAUGCUGCUCUAAAAGACCACUCAUUGCUUAAAAUGAUUCAUCAGUACAUAGGAUACCAACAGAAGGUCCGUGAAGGCCACUUGGGAAAGACAAGCAUGUUCUGGCUCUCUGUGAUGGAUCACGCUAGGCUAGUUUUCAUGUUGGAUUUUGCUGUUAAAACAAACAACUUUGAGCUGUUUCAUUACUGCAAUGGUGCCAUGGCAGAAUUGAUCUUUGCAUAUGAUGGCCACAACUAUGCCAGGUACCUAACUUGGUUCGAGGCAUUUCUCAUCAACAUUGACAUCUCCCACCCUGGUGCUCUUGACAUCAUCAAGCUAGGAGCCAUUGCUGUUGCACGAUCUCUAAUUCCAGGGGCUCUCUCAGCAGUGGACAAGACCAUGGAGGAAACUUUUAUGAAGUUUGCCAAGUCUUCAGGUGGUCUGCUUGGUCUUUUUAACAUGUUUGGAGCAUACCAGAAGUGGUGCCGUACAACCUCUGCACGUGCUCAGCUCCAUGAGCUGACUCUGGAAAUGUGUGGCAUGAUUGAUGAUCCAGACUGCCCAAAGAGAGGGAAGCACCGUGAACUGGAACCUGCCCAGAUCAGAAAGCAAGAAGAGGCAGUACAGAGAGUCAUCUUGGCCAUUAGUGGCUUCACCAACCCCUGGAAGAUCCCAGACAAAAAACAUCUCUACUCACUGGCAUCUGGUGCACCCGUAGACCCAGAAGUUGAGGUGGAUGUACUGCAGGCCGAGGCUGCAGGCAGGGCUGCUAAGGAGAAGUUUAUUGAUGAACGCUUUGUUUCCAAGAAGAAGGGAUUCUUUGAGCCCCUCAAUAAGCUUAAACUGAAGACUAUGUAUCACUCAAGCAAGAAGAUCAAGCUCACAUCUGCACAGGGAAAGGUCUUUAUGUACCAAGAGCAAAGCAACCUUGCUUUCCAGCUACUUGUUAAGUCCCAAAUGCUGGAUAUGCCUUUUGACCUUGAGGAACUCAUGCAUUACCCCCUCUCACCUGUUCCUCAUGCACUUGGCACUCCUGAUGGAUUUUUUGCGAAGACAAACAAGGCCACCAUUCUUCACUAUCUCCUCCAGGAUAGAGAUGAAGAGGUCAUCUACCCUAAGGAUGCACUCUUUAUACAGGAUGGCAAUGCUCUUUUUCAUAUGAUGACCAACCUUCAACCAACCUGUGGAGAGAUCUGUAUGCAGCUCUUGGAUCAUAUGAUUCCCAAGCAGCACUUUGUCUUCUCCACAGAUUGCUACCAGACAGACUCUAUUAAAGCCCAGGAGAGGGUCAGACGAGGCUCCACUGAGAAUUUCAUAAUUGGUGGCCCACACACCCACAAACCUUGUGACUUUAAAUGCUUUCUUAGCAAUGAGGUAAACAAGAAGCAGCUAUGUGAUCUGCUUCUCAAGGUCUGGGGGAGCAAUGAGGCAGCAUCUCGGCUGGAGAAGUGCAAGAGGGCCGUGGUAUGUGUUGAUGGGAGAUCCUAUGACCUAACUUCAACAAAUGGCCAAGUUCAGGCUUCAGAGAUCCACGCCCUGCGGUCAAACCAGGAGGAGACAGACACCCGUGUUGUCCUCUACCUCCACCAAGCUGUAAAGUGGGGGUACAAGUCCAGUGUGGUGCGGACCCCGGACACCGACAUUUUACUGAUCCUCCUUUACCAUGCCAGCAGGAUCAACCUCACCAUAUUGCUUGACCACGGAACUGGCUUGCAUCGUAAGCUUGUGAAUGUCUCUGAGUUGGCUGAAUCUCUGGGAUCUGAGUACUGCAGCACUCUUCUGGGAUACUAUGUCUUUUCUGGGGAAGACUGCACCAGUGCUUUCAAGGGCAAAGGCAAAGUAGCUCCCUUAAAGAAGCUGCAGCAAAACCCGCGAUUCCAGAAGGCUUUCAGCCAGCUUGGCACAUUGUGGCAGGUCAGCAAUGAGCUCCAACAGGAGAUGGAAUCCUUCACAUGUGUUAUGUAUGGCCAUGGUCGUCUGACCUCAAUUGAUGCUGUGAGAGUCAAGAUGCUGCAAAAGAUGGUGGGUGUUGACAGAGCCCUGGAUGCAAGUUCCAAAGUAGACCUGGAACGCUUGCCUCCCCCCAAGGUCUGUCUCAUCCCACACACACAGAGAGUAAACUACAGAGUUGCCUGCUACAAAAGGGCAGAGCAGCCCAUAUUUGAAAGGCCAAACCCUUACGAUCAGGGUAUGGGUUGGGAGAAAACAAUGGAAGAGGGGGUGUUGGAGCCGGUGUGGUCAGUUGGCCCCAUCUUCCCUCCUUCUCUUGUUGACAUUCUUGCUGGAGUAGAAGAGAGAGAAUCCAUUGGAGAGGGGACAGAUGAUGUGGAGGAAGGGACAGAGAUUGAAGAGAUAGACUUUGAUGAUCUUUUCAAUGAUGAUGACGAGGAUGAAAAUUAUUAGUACCACACUAUACAAGUACUUUUUAUUAUAUUCUUAGAUUUUAUCAACAAUUAGUUCUGCACUUAAUUAAUACAAAAUAAAAAUGCAAUUUAAUUCAUUUAAUUCAUUGGCCCAGAGUUGUGUAGAAAAGUGUGCUCAAUUGUCUCUGUAGAUUGUUAAAUUAAAAGGCUAUUGCAAUCCUUUUUUUUCAUUUUUUUAGGUGUAGUAAAGGGUUAAAAAAUUGAUACAUUUUGAGUAAAAAUGUGUAAAAAACUAAAAAUAAACAUUCUGUUGAAUUCCUUGGCCCAGAAUUGUAUGGAAAAGUGUGCUCAUUUGUCUGUAUAGGUUGUUAACUUCAGGAACUAUGCCAAUUUCUUCAUCAUUUUUGGCAGGCUCGGAUUUUGGGUAGGUGUAGGAAAGGGUUAAUAAAAUGCCUCACGGGACAUUUUUUGCCCUGGUACCUGUCAGAAUCUUAAAGUAGACACUUUAAGGAUUAA